AUGCAAUUGCGUCCCAACGGAAGCGCAGCUCCGAGCGGGCGUGUCAGGGAUGCCCCGGUGCACCUCCUGCAGCUGCUGGUCCUGCUCCUCGCGCUGCCCCUGCACCUGAUGGCUCUGCUGGGCUGCUGGCGGCCCCUGUGCAAAAUCGGCUUGCCCUACCUGAUGGCUGGGCUGACUGCCAAGUGCAACCGCAAGAUGGGGAGUAAGAAACAGGAGCUCUUUGGCCAGAUAAAGGGGCUUAUGGGAGCCUCCGGGAAGGUGGCCUUGCUGGAGCUGGACUGCGGCACCGGUGCCAACUUCCGGUUCUACCGAGCGGGCUGCAAGAUCACCUGCCUGGACCCAAACCCCCACUUUGAGAAGUUCCUGACAAAGAGCAUGGCUGAAAACAAGCAUCUCCAAUAUGAACAGUUUGUGGUGGCUUCCGGAGAGGACAUGAAAGGACUGGCGGAUGGCUGCAUGGAUGUGGUGGAGGUGCUGUGCUCUGUGCAGAGUCCGAGGAGGGUCCUGCAGGAGGUCCAGAGAGUGCUGAGGCCGGGAGGAGUGUUCUUUUUCUGGGAGCGUGUGGCUGAGCCACGUGGAAGCUGGGCCUUCCUGUGGCAGCAAGUUUUAGAGCCCACCUAGGACGGCUGCUGCCUCACCAGAGAGACCUGGAAGGAACUCGAGAGUGCCCAGUUCUCUCAACUCCAAAUGGAACAACAUCCCCCUCCCUUCAAGUGGUUGCCUAUCGGGCCCCACAUCAUGGGAGAGGCUGUGAAAUAACCCUUCCCGAGUCCUGCCUCCGGCCAGAGCAAUCCCACCUACCACCUAACCUGUCUUCUACUGAGGGGGGAUCUGGGCAGAGAAGCCAUUCCCCCCACCGCCCCUUUCCUCCCUCCCCCAUCUCUGCCCCCGCGUCUAACUUCAGUCCUUCCUGCCAAAGUGAGAAGGCUCUAUUCCUAACCUGACCACAGGGAGGAAAGCGAUGUCUUGCCAUGUCCUUGACUGCAAAUCCCUAGACUGGGUCUCCCAAUUUUUGCCCACCCACUGCUAGGGUGGUUCCCUUGUUCCCAUUAGUAAAGGUCCCCCUCCUCUUCACCUGAGACCACACCCAUGUGCCCGUGCUGGGUCCCCCAGCCCUCCCUCCCACUACCACCUUUGUCCUGAGCUGUGGGGGUUACAGAGGGAAGCAGCCCUCUCCUGGA